GCGGUUCAGUUCCUCCAGUACCGACAGCAUGAUACAAGGCAACGGUCUUACUGGAUUCGCAUGCUUUCAAAUUGGGAAGGUGCAAGCAGUCGACGCGAAGCACUGGUCCGACAACGGCAAGCUACCCGAAGGGAAAGACCUGCAGGAAAUUUCCUGGAAAGAGACAGAUUGGGUCAUGGUCGUUGUCAUAGAUGACGAUGGCAAGCCUGGUUCUGUCUGGCUGCUACAAGACUUCGAGCCCAUGAUUGAGAACACGAACAACACCUACAUCAUCAAGCAGUCAGAUACCCGCCGGUGGGGCUACUUCCAGCACCAGCUCGGAAUGCGUCCGCGACCGCAGCAACGUGCUGGCGUGAAGAUUGCGCACAGAGUCAGUGACCUGUCCGAGCAUUUGCAGUGGACUAUGGACGAAUACUUUACGGCGAAGUACGAAAUCGUGCAGGCAGUGCUCGCGGAGCGUAAGAACGGUCGGUCGCCUGUCAUCGUCAGACAGCUUCCACUGGUCAAGAACGAGGGCCAGAGUUGGAUGGAAGGCAACUCAAGAGCUUUGGAAGACGACUCAACGCCGGAUGUCUCGCGGCUGAGCAUUUGAGACAACAACUAGAAAAUGGGAGAUGCGAGAGACUAUGAGGCGGUGGAUUUCUUUGCUUCCUUGCGUUCUAGAUCUUCCUUAGAUUACGAGUUCGGUCGUUGAUUUCCUGCAAUGCACGUCAUAGAAAAGUCAAUCAGUAUGUUGCCGAAACCUUGAAUACUGUUGCGCUGUGAGAGGAGCUAGUUUGGAAAGACUGAAGACACAGUUACAGCGAGCAAACGUAGAACAAUAU